GGGGGGAUCGGAAUCGGCUGUCUUGGCCCGUUGUUUCGGCCGUUGCGGCUCGAUUUCGUGUGUUUUUUCGACUCGGAGGAACUGCCUCUGGAAGAUUGACAAUGGCUGGUGAGAAAGAAAUUGAGAAAUCUGAAGCAGUGGCUGCUGAAUUGAAGUCAGACACCUCUAAAUUAGCUGAGCAAACUGUGGCUUCUCGAAAAGAUGGAACAUCAUCUAUUUCGUCCUCAGUGGGUGCUACAUCUAGCAUUAAUGGUGAGACAGCUCAAGAGUUAGUAGCAGAACACGAUGUUCAUUAUCCACCUACAAGCUGUUAUGACUAUUAUUACCCAGGGUAUAACGGGACCUUUUCUCAAGUGGACAACCAUAAUUAUUUUAAUGCUGGAGCUGGUUCUUAUACGGGUUUCCAAUCAGACAAUGGUUCACUUGUUUAUUAUCUGCCUGGUUACAAUCCUUAUGGUACAGGUUCUUUUGUGGGUGCUGAUGGGCAACAGCAAUACUAUUCUUCACAAGGGUAUCUUCAGCACCCUGUUUCUCAUGGGUCAGAAGCAAUGUCAUGUUAUUCAGGGGAUUCUACAUAUGUUGGAAAUGUAGGCAAUGGGACCACUGGUUCAUCUGGGAAGGCCAAACCUAUUCAUGGUUCUAGUGCUUCAAUGAAGGCUGAUAGUUGUAACUCCAAAAAAUUAAGUAGCACAAUUGCUGGAAAGUAUUCAACAAUGUCAUUUGAUUCAAAACCAAGAAAAUCUACCAUGCAAUCUAUGCCUGUCCUUGAAGGUCAAAAUCUUAAAACAUUUGGCAAGUUAGGCGGUGGUUAUCAAUCGGCCAGUGUUGGGAAGGGGUACAACCCUGUUGGUAAAUUCUCAUCAUAUAUGAAUCAAAAUCCGGGCUUUUUUAUGCACAAUAGUCCAAUGAAUCACCGAGCUUAUGGUAGGGGAUGGAGUGGGAACAACAGAACAAGAGACAGACGUGGAGAGUUUAAUGCUUCGUCUGAGCUAACGCGUGGUCCAAGGGCCCAGAGUGGGUCUAAUCUUUCAAAUUCUUCAGCAGGUCAAGAACUGCUGAGGGAGACCACUGUUUGGGGGGAUCAAUAUAACCUAGAAGAAUUCCAAACUGAGUAUGAAAAUGCAAAGUUUUUUGUCAUAAAGUCAUAUAGUGAAGAUGAUGUGCAUAAGUCCAUUAAGUAUGACGUUUGGUCAAGCACUCCAAACGGUAAUAGGAAAUUAGAUGCUGCUUUCCAUGAUGCAAAAGGAAAAGCAAGUGAAACAGGCACACAAUGUCCAGUCUUCCUCUUUUUUUCAGUGAAUGCAAGUGGACAAUUUGUUGGUGUUGCUGAGAUGGUUGGGCCAGUGGACUUCAAUAAAGAUAUGGAUUUUUGGCAGCUUGACAAGUGGAAUGGUUUCUUCCCGGUGAAGUGGCAUAUAGUUAAGGAUGUCCCAAAUACUCAGCUGCUGCACAUUAUCCUUGAAAACAAUGAGAACAAGCCUGUCACUCAUAGCAGGGACACUCAGGAGAUUGGACUAAAGGAAGGAGUAGAAAUGCUCAAUAUUUUCAAGAGUUAUGCUGCGAAGACAUCUAUGUUGAAUGAUCUCAGCUUCUAUGAGGACCGUGAGAAGUUGCUUCAAGCUAAAAGGAGCAACAAAGUAGCCUCCCUUCGAACUGAGGUCUAUGGAAGUAGUCAAACCUACCAGAAGCAGCUUAAACCAGGAGGAAGGACAAGCGGAGAAGCAGCAGAUAGGAUGGACAGUUCCUCUGACCCGGCUGCUUCCCUCGUCAAUCUGACCAAAAAUCUCUCCCUCAACCCUCAGCUGCUGAAGUGAUGAUCCUCUGGAAGAAGAAAUCUCGAGUGCCUCUUGUCUAAUGCCCAAAUUUAUUUUGAACUUCAGGCUUCUUCAAUAUCCAUCAUAGGCUUUUCUUUUGGUUGGUUCGUUCGGUCCAAGUUUAGUUUCAGAGAGUAAAAACUCAAGUAAUUUGGUAAUUUUUAGAUUUAGUUUAGUGUUUAAAAGCCUUCAAUUUCUUCUGUUUGUCCUCCCCAUUUUAUGAUUCAAUUUUGGGAUCAUUUGUCAUGUCUGGGGCUUCUGCACCAUUCAGAAUGAUUCUCUCUGGUUUGCCUUAUCAUCAAUGCAAGAUUUAAGCAGCCCUUUAAUUCCAACAUAAAAUUUGAUUUUUACAAAAGGUGAUUGCUUUAAUUUAUAUAACAGGUAGAACUUGGAAAAUGGGAAAUAGUUUGUUUCUUGGUAGCUUGAGUUACCGUAAGGCAGUGAGUUUGAGUCUAUUUCCGUGCAGAUUGUGAUAAUUUGUGUUUAUUCGAGAAGUCAAGACUUUACAGGUUUUGAUUGGGUCAUAUGUUUGUACACCUUGUGUUAAGGUAAGACAGUCAUAUGUUUUAGAAAAGAAUGGACCGGAUGUCUU